UGCAAAAACAACCUGCAGAAAAUAAAUAGUCGAGCGGCGACCGUCUGGCUAGCUAGAGCCCGAUGAGGCAGUUCCUCAGCCCCGGGUAGCAAUUGGCUGCGCGUGCACACACUGCGACUCCCCUCUUCUCUCUCUGUCGAUCCAUUUCCUAUCACGCGUUCUGUAAAAUUGCCUACACACACACACACACACGCACGAUGUGGUUUGCGUGUGUAUGCGUGCACCGGAACUCAAAGUUCGUCGGUGGCGUCGGCUAAUUUGAACAUUAACGAGGUUAUCCUCCAUUCGACCCGCGGAGAGAGAGAGAGAGAGGACCAGAAAGCACAGACUGCUGCGCCGACCUGCUUGCGUGUCGAGGCGGAAAGGGAGCUUGGCUCUGGCCAGCUGCGUUGUUGGACUGGAUCGAAUUGGACUCAGUGAAGAGCAGUAGGACUAUAUAAAGCCAGGGGGGGAAUAUGACCGAUAAACGGAUGUCGCGGUGGUAUUUUGGGGGGCUCGCCUCCUGCGGGGCUGCCUGUUGCACCCAUCCUCUGGACCUCAUCAAAGUCCACCUGCAGACCCAGCAGAAGGGGAAGAUGGGGAUGGUGAGCAUGGCCAUGCAGGUAGUGAAGAACGAUGGAGCUCUGUCUCUGUACAACGGACUCAGCGCAUCACUCUGCAGACAGAUGUCCUAUUCUCUAACUAGGUUUGCUAUCUAUGAGACAGUCAGAGACAUGUUGAGCAGCAGUAACCAGGGGCCCAUGCCUUUCUACCAGAAGGUGCUGCUGGGGGCCUUCGGAGGUUUUACUGGCGGGUUCAUUGGCACUCCUGCAGACAUGGUGAACGUCAGGAUGCAGAAUGAUGUUAAACUACCUCCAGAACUGAGGAGAAACUACAAACAUGCUGUGGACGGUCUGUUCAGGGUCUUCAGAGAAGAGGGGGUGAGGAAGUUGUUCUCAGGAGCUACCAUGGCCUCCAGCAGAGGAGCUCUGGUCACCGUGGGACAGUUGGCAUGUUAUGACCAGGCUAAACAGCUGGUGCUGUCUUCAGGCUUCAUGGGAGAUAACAUCCUCACACACUUCCUGUCCAGCUUCAUCGCUGGAGGCUGUGCUACGUUCCUGUGUCAGCCUCUAGAUGUGAUGAAGACCAGGUUGAUGAACUCUAAAGGAGAAUACUCAGGUGUGAUACACUGUCUGAGAAUGACGGCUAAAGAGGGACCCAUGGCCUUCUACAAGGGUCUUGUUCCUGCAGGGAUCCGUCUGAUUCCUCACACGGUGCUCACCUUCAUCUUCCUAGAGCAGCUCAAGAACAACUUCGGCAUCGUCGUCAUCUCCUGAGCACGCUCUGUGACCUAUGACCUUUACCCUCUAACCCCCCGUCCCCGGUCCCCUGCCAACGUCAACCAAUCCCCUGUCACUGCCACGGGGCCACACCCCCCCCCAUCGCCCUGCGCUGUCCAAUCACACAGAGAGGUGGAUGUAGGGAUGGAAUGUCUGCUAUACUAUCCUACCCGGCCCUCUUUCACCUGCUCUGGAAAUCAACCAAUCACCAGUGGAAAAGACUUUGAAGGAACUGCCUACACCUGCACCAUCACAGCCUUGUCCACAGGAAGAGUUGUCAUAGCAACGCCAGUCAAACCCUGCUGUAACAUCAUCUUCAUGCGUCUGCCAUCAUCAAUAGUGCCAUUCUCAAUGGGGGCUGCGCCUCAAAUCACACGCUAUUCCCUAUGUAGCACAUUACUUAUUACCCUUAAUCUGUAGUGCACUUAACAUGAAGCUCUGGUCAGAAGUAGUGCACUAUAUAGGGGACAUAGUGUCACCUGAGUUCACUCCCUAGACAGUGUUAAUGUGUUUUAUACUGUAGCCUUCCACCAUCAUCAUGUAUGUAUCACCCAAAUCAGUUCCAUUCCACACCACACCAGUCCUCAUGUAUUACUAGCAGUGUACUAGUUGUAGUAGUAUGUAUUACUAGCAGUGUACUAGUUAUAGUAGUAUGUAUUACUAGCAGUGUACUAGUUGUAGUAGUAUGUAUUACUAGCGGUGUACUAGUUGUAGUAUUGUGUAUUACUAUAAUGUAUUACUGGUGUGACUGUGGAUCACUACAACAUUGUCGUUCUAACUGGAACUCCUCUACCAUCUCAGAUACCGUCACAUCGGGGGGUGACGGUGACAAAGGGCCCUGUUCCUGUUCAUAACACUGUAACAGCAGCAGGUAGCCUCGCGGUUAAGAGCGUUGGGCCAGUAACCCGAAAGGUUGCCGUGUCAAAUCCCCGAGCUGACUAGGUAAUACAUCUGUUGUUGAGCCCUCGAGCGAGGAAGACACUUAACCCUAAUGGCUCUGGAUAAGAGCAUCACUUAAUGACUAAAAUGGUCAUGUACUGAAACAGGUCAGUGCUAUUCCUGUUCAUAAGGGAUGCUUAUUACUGUAACAGGUCAGUGCUAUUCCUGUUCAUAAGCAAUGCUUAUUACUGUAACAGGUCAGUGCUAUUCCUGUUAUUAUUCCAUCAACUCAGAGACAUUUUGGGAGUGGCAUUGGAUGACGGUCCUAUUCCUGCCUAUAAGGGAUGCUGCAUAACAGGUUAUAAUGCCAUAACACCAUGGCUAUAAAGCCAUCACAUGCUUACAGACAGAGGUACUAAACAGACGUUGCCCCUAGGCACUGGUUCUGAGUCAGAUGUUAGUUGUAUCCCCCUACCAGUUAAAGUUAUUAUUGGGGCUGGGUGAUCUGAUCCUAGAUCUGUGGUUAGGGACAACAGUAGAAAUUCCCACCAAGGGCAAUGUGACCACGAGAUAUAACUGGACAGAGAUAAGAGACGUAUAGUGAAUAGGUUGUACACUACCUUUGACCAGGCCCCAUAGGGCCCUAUUGGAGAUCAUUUAGAGAUACUGUGAGUUAGAGAGAGAUACUGUUUACUGGGACCUGGAUGAAACUGCUGGCUUUAAGGCACUUUAUUAAACACACACACACAAACAGACGAACACUACAGGUAACUUUAGGCAGUUGUCUGUAAUAGGGUCAUUUAGGGGGGGGGGGGACAUCCACAGUGAGUUCCAGUGAGUCAGGAUGCCUUUUCCCCUGUAGCCUCCAGGGGGCAGCAUGGUACUGUGUGUGUUUGGGAGACUGGUCAUUAUGAAUGAGUGACUGGUUAUUAACAGAUACGUCUCUGUGUGAAUGAGAGAGGAUUCAUUCAAACAUGCUACUUGUGAGAUUGUGUGCGUGCUUGUGAGUGUGUGUUUCAGUUAAUUGUUUGACUGUAUUUGAUGGGCCAUUAUUAAAGAGUGGUAAUUGGGAACCACCCCUUGUACACACACACACACACACACAAUCUCUAGGAAUGGAAAUGAAAUUGUAGAACCCAGCUCUGUGCGGCUGUACAUGUAUGGGUCUGUAUUGUGUAGAUUGUUUUUUGAAUUAAAAUACUAAUAAAUAGUAACUGUCA